UGCGCCCAGGGAGAGAGCAGAGAUUACACUUCCUUUCAUGGCCGAUAAACUGUGACAAUGUCGCUCCUUGUUCCGAUUGUGUUCGUCGUUUUGGUUCUGUUCAUAUUAAAAUAUGUCUUCAGAAAGUCCGGACCGAACCCCUUUGACACGGACACUCGCGAACCGUUGAAAAAGAAGGUUUUCGAAAAGAAAGAGAAAAAUAAAGUGUUGAAGCAAGGUUUUGUGGCCAGUAAAGUACCCGACAACCUGGACGCCAUCAUCAUCGGCAGUGGGAUCGGUGGACUCGGACUUGCUGUGCUGCUGGCCAAAGUUGGGAAGAAAGUCCUGGUUCUGGAGCAGCACGAUCGGGCUGGAGGAUGCUGCCACACAUUCACUGAGAAGGGCUUUGAGUUUGAUGUUGGAAUCCACUACAUCGGUGACCUGUUGGACCACAAGCCUUUUCGCUGCAUGCUGGACCAGAUGACCAAUGGACAGCUACAGUGGGAGCCUCUGGAAAACCCGUUUGACCAAGUUGUGCUGGGACCUCCAGACAACAGACGUUGCUACCCUAUCUACAGUGGCAGGACUCGCUACCCCGAGGAGCUGAAGAAGUGUUUCCCUGGAGAGGAGAAGGCCAUCGAUGAGUACCUGAGCCUAGUCAAGAAAACUGGACGAGGCAUUUGGCUCCUUGCUGUGCUAAAGCUCUGGCCUGCCCCCUUGGCCAAGUUCUUGGUCUACACCGGCCUCGCAAAACGUCUCUCUUUCUUCUUUAAAAUGGCGUCCCGCAGCCUGACCGACGUGGUCAAUGAACUGACAGAGAACAAGGACCUCAGGGCUGUCUUCUCCUACAUCUUUGGCACCUAUGGCAACAUGCCAAAAGAUGCCAGCUUUUCCAUGCACAGUUUGCUGGUCACCCACUACCUGAAUGGGGCCUGGUAUCCCAAAGGUGGCGCCAGUGAAAUUGCCUACCACAUGAUCCCCAUCGUUGAGAAGGCUGGGGGAGCCGUUCUGGUUCGAGCCCCGGUCAACCGCAUCUUAUUCAAUGAUGCCAAGGAAGCUUGUGGUGUGAGCGUCAUGAAGGGUCAGGAGGAAGUCCAUAUCCACACUCCUAUGGUCAUCUCAAACGCUGGGAUCUUCAACACCUACCAGAAGCUGCUACCAAAAGAACUCCAGGCCAUGCCAGCCAUCCAGGAGCAGCUGAGUAUGAUGAAGAACGGUGAAGGCGGUCUGAGUGUCUUCCUGGGUCUGAAUGGUACCAAAGAAGAGCUGGGCCUUAAAGCAGACAACUACUGGAUCUUCACAGAGAACAAUUUUGAUGAACUCGUGGAGAAGUACCUGAAUGGAGAGAGGGAAGAGUCUGCCAAAAAAGUCCCCCUGCUGUUUGUGGCCUCUCCAUCAGCUAAAGAUCCUACCUGGGAGGAGAGAUCACCUGGAAAGUCCACUUUGAGUCUGGUCAGUUUUGCCAACUACGCAUGGUUCGAGGAGUGGAAGGACGGCAAAGUGACAAACAGAGGGGGCGACUACAAAGAGCUGAAACAGAUAUUCAUUGACUCUGUUCUGGAGGUGGUGAUGGAUGUGUUCCCUAAGAUCACCAGAGACAAGAUUGAGUUUGUUGAUGCUGGGACCCCCAUCACGAACACACACUACAUUGGAGCCCCCAAAGGGGAGAUCUACGGAGCUGAUCAUGGCAUCGCCCGUUUCAGCCCUGAACUCAACGCUACAGUGAGACCUCAGACUCCCCUGAAGAACCUCUACCUGACAGGUCAAGAUGUGUUUGUGUGCGGUUUUGCUGGCGCCCUCGCUGGAGCUCUCACCUGUGGCUCGGUCAUUCUGAACCGCAACCUCCACCUAGAUGCCAUCGGCUUAGCGAAGAGGAUCAAAUUUAUGAACGACAAAUUGAAAGGGGACUAACAACAUUCAGCUGAGUGACGCUUAUAUCUUGCAAUUAAACACAACUGUACUGCAAUAUUGGAGCUCAGAGUCAUACUGUAAGUGUGACAGAUGCCACAGAUGAGUCAGUAAUGCUAAGCGGAACUUUUCAGAGCCAGCUCAUGCAGCACUAAGCUCUCUGUCUUAACUUUCAUACCUGUGCUUGUUUAACGUGAAUUGGAUUAAGUAACAAUUCAGUUAAAAGUAUCAAUAACAAUACAAACUCUCUCAAACACUUUAUAAAAACCGGCCUGAAAGCUCCAGAUCAAGCGUGAAGGUGCCGAUGGCAAGAAAAACUUCCUUUUAACAGGAAGAAACAAGCAACACUGAUCCUGCACUCAUCUACAAUAUUAUAAAACCAUUUUGUGAGACACUUGCAAUGUUGGAACUUCUUUGUCAUCUAUGCACUUAACUCUGCCUAAUAAAGCCAAAUUUUUUUUUUUUUUUUUUCAGUUUUGAUAUAAAGUCUAAGGGUACAAGCAAUAAAAUGGUUACAACUUGAAA